AUGGCAUUCCCAAAUAAAGAGCCCAUUUCAAAAGAAUUAAUAUACAUGCAAAUGGUUCAAGAAUCAUGUAUUUUCAAAGUUGCUCUAAGCGGUGUAGCAGGAUUUGCACUUGGUGGUCUUUUCGGAAUGUUUUUUUCUUCAUUCGAAAUGACACCAGUUGACCCAGCAAUAUAUGAACAGCCAAUGAAACAACAAUUAAAAGCUACCGCAAAAGAUAUGGCCAAAAGGACUUUUUCUACAGCUAAGAACUUUGCUAUUGUUGGUGCAAUAUUUUCUGGUACUGAAUGCAUUAUAGAGGGGUAUCGCGCCAAAAAUGAUAUAUAUAAUGGUACAGCUGCAGGAUGCAUAACUGGUGCAGUACUAGCUGCUAAGGCAGGGCCUCAGGCUGCUUUGUUAGGAUGUGCAGGGUUCGCCGCAUUUUCUACAGCUAUUGAUCUUUAUUUUAGACGAGAGUAG